GGCUGCUGAUCAGACGCACCAAUUUAAAGAGCGACGUUGUCUUCCCGUGGCUGUCAGACUCGUCGCACAGUUACACUUUCGGUUUGCGUGAGCGUACUGUGCUGCUUUGGAGAAAAAAAGGCAGUAAAAGUAGAGAGAAGUCAGUGACUGUAAUUACAUCCCCUAAUCAUUAGACUUGACAGCAGGUGUGAAUUCAUGUCUGUAUUUUCCCCGCAGAUAUACUGCCCAGUGUUAGUGCCCGGCCGAGAUAUGACUGAGGUGAUGAUCAACAGCACCCCCAUGGAGGACAUGAGACUCAGCCCCAGCAAGGACAGACUCUCCUUCCAGAUAUUCCCCGACCCGUCAGACUUUGACCGUUGCUGUAAGCUCAAAGAUCGUCUGCCAUCCAUCGUAGUUGAGCCAACAGAGGGGGAAGUCGAGAGCGGGGAGCUUCGCUGGCCUCCAGAGGAGUUUCUGGUCAGUGAAGAGGAGGAAGAGGAAGUUGAUCAGAAUAAUGGCAGUAUCCCAAAUGGACAGCCAAUGCAGAAUUCUCAGCACUAGAGGCUGUGUUGAAGCACCCAUACGGUCUUGUUCCCGCUUUCUUUCUGAUGGACCCUCCAUUUCCCACACUGGUUCCACUGCACCUCAGCACUCAACAGACUCGACUGGCAGACACACAUUCGGUGUCUCGUGAUGCUGUCUCAUUGCCCUUGACGCCAAAGCAUCACUCCCACAAGCGACGCAAUACACACAGCCAACACACUUUCUCAUACACUUAUUAGUCCGCCUGGACUGCAAACCCACCAAAACGGACAUGUACACCUCCUAAACUACACUUACUUCCUACCACCGUGUGUCUCGGCCCAGAAAGGAUGUUCUGUUGGACAGUGGCAGCUUGGUGCUCCAUGGACAGCUCUUAUACUGCAGGGGGGCUGUACACUGUACUUUACUCCAAAAUGGCUGGCGUCAUGACCCCAGAGACUUACAUACUCGCAUACAGAACUAUUGUGGUACCCAUGGGGAUUAUUGUCUACAGUACAAUGUCCAUACCUGUGUUAAUUUCUGGAUAUGUUAAUUAUUGUGAUUGCCACUGCUGUCCAUAGAUUUGUCUGUUUCUGAGAAGUGAAUGUUUUUUGUCUUGUUUUUGAGAAGUAGGUGUUUUGUGUAAAAUGUUGCUGGGAUUUUUUUAUUUUAUUCCCCCCUCCCCCCUCAAGAUAGGUAUAAAAGGGGGGUGGUGGUUGUUGUUGUCUUUUUGGUUUUUUUUGUUUGGUUUUGUGACCUUCCAUCAGGCGUUCAGUUAAAGGCGACCUGGAAUAAUUUUAGAGAAGUGAGCAGAAAGUGAGAAAAUAAACUAGCAUGCCCUGUUAUGCUUAUAUGAUAACUGUUGUACAAAUGCUUGUAAUGCAAUGAGGGCACAGUCAUUCUAUGAUCCUCAUCACAUUGGCUUACUGUAAACCUUAUGACAAAACAGUACUUGGUGACAAAGCAAAACAGUAGAACAUUGUGAACUAAAUGUGAUAUGAGUAGGUUAUUAUUCAAAAGGGCAAAGCUGAGUAAGGGUUGACAUUUUUGAUAAAGCAAUGUACAGACCCAAUGAAGGACGUGUAAAUACUUGUUCCCAAUGAGCCAACCCCUGAGGCCUUGUAGUGCGCUGAUCUUGUUUGUACUUGGGGUUUGGUUUACUUAUUUUAUUUUAGAAAGAAUGACUGAGAAUUGCUCUGAGCUGUACACACCUGAACUGAAAGUCUUUCCUAGUCUUCCUUCAUGAAAACAUACUUUUGACACCGUGAAGUUCAGGUCACGGGAGAAUUCACGCUGUAGGACAGCAUUCACAAAUCAGUAUGGCAGUUUUGUUUUUUUCCCCACAAUAAAAUGUGUCCUAAUGUUUGCCAAACACUGUUAAUGGAAAAGCUUAUUUGUUCUCUGGUAGUAACUUCUGUCAUUGUUUUGUAUUGCAAUUCUAAAUGUUUUUUGUUCACUCUUAAAAUCACUGCUUAUUGUCUGUGGAACAAGUCUUGUCGGUCAAUUUGUGGAAAAGAUUUCACUUUUGUCUAAACAAUGAAAGACUGUUGUACAAGCAUGACUGAAAUAUCUGUUCUUUUGUAAUUUCUCAUUUGAGUGGCAUUAGGGCUGUGUACAGAACAUCUCUUUCUCCUGUCACCUACAGGUCCCACAUUGUUUUUGUAAAGCUCAGGGAGAUUAGCUGGCAUCUUUCUCUCGUGGUGUGGGGUUGUGUGGUGCUGUGUGGGUUUUUUUUUUUUUUUUUUUUGGUAUUUUGACCACUUUACUCUGACAAUUACAGAGACUGUAAAUAAACAUUUGAAUUUGC